AUGUCCAUGAUCAUCAAUCAGCUUGCAGUCCUGUGUGAACGUAAUUAUUACUGCACUUGCAACGGUGCAAGACAGAGAGAAGAAGAAACUAAACAAAGAGAAGAAGAAACUAAACAAAGCGAAGAAGAAACUAAACAAAGCGAAGAAGAAACUAAACAAAGAGAAGAAGAAACUAAACAAAGUGAAGAAGAAACUAAACAAAGAGAAGAAGAAACUAAACAAAGCGAAGAAGAAACUAAACAAAGAGAAGAAGAAACUAAUCAAAGAGAAGAAGAAACUAAGCAGAGAGUAACCGAGUUAUAG